GCGGAACAAAUCGUGUUUCCGGGACAGAUCGGGUAGCAAGUCUAGCGACAGAACUUGCUUUCGGUUGUUGCUAGAAGGGCUACAGCUGCGGCCGGAAGUGGGGCAAAAUCUCGUCAUAUAAUUACAAUAAAUUACAUUAGAUAACGCUUAGAACUACCCUACAACUGUGUUUUUUUCGUUUUCUGUCAGUCAGUGUGUUUAUGGGCGGCGGCUGUUAACUUACUCAGAGCUUAAAAACAAUAAACACUUAAGUCUCUUUAUGAACUCAAACACCAAACUUACUUACAACAACAUGGAGAAAUGAAGUCAUACAUGAAGAUCUCUUUACUCUUUAUCAUCUCUUUUUUCAUCAACGGUGUGUUAGGUGAUACAGAGUCAGUGAAUGAUGAAGAUUCUGUGACUCUACACACUCAUAUUACUGAACUACAGACAGAUGAUGUGAUAGUCUGGUGGUUUAAAGACGAUCACAUAGCUAGAAUCAACAGAGCGGUCAACAACAGUGAUCCAGUUUAUGAAUCUGAUGUGAGAUUUACUGACAGACUGAAGAUGAAUCCUCAGACUGGAGAUCUCACCAUCACAAACAUCACAUCUGAACUCACUGGACUUUAUCAACUAGAGAUCAACAGACGGACAGAAACAAUGUUUCAAACAUUCAGUGUCAGUUUGUCUCCUAAAGUGAAGAAAGUGAAAGAGAGUGAUUCUGUCUCUCUACACAUUGAUAUUACUGAAGAACAGAGAAAUGAGAAGAUACACUGGAAGAUCAAACACAACAACUCUCUUGUAGCUGAAAUCAUUACAGAGAAUAGAAAGAUCUCAACACCUUUUAUUGAAGAGAGAUUCAGAGACAGACUGAAGCUGGAUGAUCAGACUGGAGAUCUCAUCAUCACACACAUGAAGAAUGAAGACUCUGGACAGUAUGAAGUAAAUGUCACCAUCGGCAGCAUCACACACACUAUACACGAGACAUUCAGUUUCACUGACUCAGGUCAGUCUUCAGGUGUGAUAGCAGGAAUAUGUGUUUCUCUUCUCGUGGUUAUGAAUGCUGCUGCUGCUGGUGUUGUGAUCUACCGUCACCACAAAAUGAGACAUCAAGAUUCCAAAAAAGGGGAAGAGUCAGUGGAGACAAAUGAGCCUUUGAGGAAUGGAGACGCCAGCAAUGGUGAUGUGCCUCCAGUGUAACAUGAUGAACAUUACAAACACAUCACAGUAACACAAAUUAGAGAAGCCCAAAGGAACAGAAGAGUCAGAGCUCCCAGCGAAGAGCUUCCAGGGCGAUGAGGAGCUAAAUCAUCUCGCAUUCCCUUUUUCUACUUUCCUUGACCAUGUGACUAAAGCUAACAUGAGACAUUAAAAUUCACCAAUCAGGAGACCAUCUUGAGCACUCACUGUAGCGGUCGAUCACCACCAGCACCCCUAUCGUCUUUAGAAGUCCACCUGUUGCCUUUUGGGUCGAAAAUGGAUGUUGAGACACUUCCUGUUAUUUUUUCAACCCUACCAGAAAAAGAUUUCUCUUUGAUUUGCCGACAACACCAACAUUCAUUCAAUAGAGUUGAAUUACAAUCAAGUAAAUCAUCAGUAAAUAUCAGAUUUCAUAUCUGUUACCUGUAGACAUUGGAUGUAAUGUUUAUGACCUUAUACUCACACCUGCAAACCUGAUAUUUGACAUUGUUAAGCAGUGAAAAUAAUACACAACCGGAACGGACACACAUUGAGAUUCAAUCGAAAGAGAUCUAGAGCUAGAAAUCAGACUUUGACCCAUCAGUGUUACUUUGACUGAAAUAUUCUGUGUCAUACAGCUUUGAUUUAUCUGAAGCUUCUGUUGCAGAAAGCUUUUAUGAUUUUAAUCUUACUUAAAAGUUUGCUGUUGGUUUAUUGUAAACUUUUAUUUUUGGUUUUAUUGAGCCACAAUUGCUUCAUUAAAUAACAGCUCAAAUCUAUGUUUCUAUAUAUAAUUUUUCUCUCAUAGAACGACUUUCUGUCAGAGUGUAAUGUUAUAUCUAACAUCUUAAAUGAGUUUUCAUUGCGAUUUAGAUACAUCUUUACAGUAUAUUAUACAAAGUUCUCUGUGUCUUUCAACUUUCUAAACAACAUCACAGCUUGAAAGCACUUGACGUAAUCCUGCUAAUAGACUAACCCAGAAAUAUAUCUACAUUUACAAUGAGAUUUUACAAUUUAGUUUUUUUAAAUGAAUCCCUUCACAUCUCUGUUUGCACUUCUUGAACUAUCGCACUGUUUGCACUUGGUUAUAUAUUGAACUGUGUCAAAUUAAAGUCUUUGCUAAAAAAUCACAA